AAAGUGAUGUCAUGGAGGCAGCGUUGAUGCUGAUGCUGUUGCCCGGCGCCUGUAUCCGUGCGGCCAGACGGGGGGAACCGUAGUCACGGGUCCAUCAGCAGCAGCCAAGGACACUGGGACCGAGAGGGACUGAGAAGGAUCUUCAGCAUCCCUGGGGAGUCACACAUACGCAGUGAGAAGAUGACUCUGGCAGCCUACAAAGAGAAGGUCAAGGAGCUCCCCCUGGUGUCUCUGUUCUGUGCCUGCUUCAACCCACAGACUGCAGACAAGCCCACAUACAAGGCAGAAGAUGCGGUGGACCUGGGCUGGUGCGUCAUCAAAGACGUGGAGGUAAUUGAGCUGAACAAGCGGACAUCUGGCCAGGCCUUCGAGGUCAUCCUCAAGCCCCCGUCAUUUGACGGGGUGCCAGAGCUCAAUGGCUCCAUGCCCCAGCGUCGCGACCCGUCCCUGGAGGAGAUCCAGAAGAAACUGGAGGCGGCCGAGGAGAGGCGAAAGUGUCAAGAGGCCGAGCUGCUGAAGCACCUGGCGGAGAAGAGGGAGCACGAGCGUGAGGUGAUCCAGAAGGCCUUUGAGGAGAACAACAAUUUCAUCAAGAAUGCCAAGGAGAAGCUUGAGCAAAAGAUGGAGGCCAACAAGGAGAACAGAGAGGCCCUGCUGGCCGCCAUGCUGGAGAGGCUGCAGGAGAAGGACAAACACGCAGAGGAAGUGAGGAAGAAUAAGGAGAUGAAGGAGGAAGCCUGCCGGUAGAUGAAGAGAAAAAAAAUAGAGAGUGGGGGGACAGAGGGUCUUAUGAUUGGUAUAAUUUUUUUUUUUAAAUGAUGUAAAUCCAAACGGUGCAGUAAAGAUAAAAAAGAAACUCAAAAGCAACUGAACUAAUGGGAACAGUAGGUUUUGAAAUUGCUGUGUGCUGUAAACUCCAUCUGUCUGUGUGUAAAAGGCUACAUGGCCGAGGGGGGGCCGAGUGGGGCAUUCAAAUAAAAGACACCAGGUGCGGCAAUGGUGUAUUGGUGAGGAAUUGGAGCACAAAUGGUGGCUGUGGUUCUAACCUCCUGUGUAUCUGAGCUGUGUGUGAUCUGUGGUAACCGUUUCUACUCCAUCCGACCGUGAUUUACAGAACACACUCAGUACAAUACACACAAACAGGAAGUAACACACUCACUUCUGCUGGUUCCCUCGUUAAAAAAAGAAAACCAUUUAAAAAAAAUCCCUUUGCUGUGAUGCUUUUUGUGGGUUUGUUGUGACGGUCUGCUGGGAAGCCUGAAUGAAUAUCAAAGGGAAGAAUGGGGGGGGACUCAAUAAAAGGGGAGGAUCCAGCUCUGCUGCACACUGCAUUUCCCGCUCUUUGUAAGAAUCUUUUAGUGUCUAGUUGUAGAUCAUCUUAGAUGUAGAACACUGAUCGCACUUCUCUCAUCCCGUUAAGCACAACUCACACAUACACAUCACCCAGAAGUCCCCGGUUGGAUGUAGUACUUUGCCUCGUGUGUCACUGAUGGUCAGUGUUUGAUCAAAUGAAUGUAAACCAAAAUAAGUCCCACAGAAAGAUGGCAUUUAGCUUGUUGAGUCAUACUGACUUGAUUGAGGGGUGUGACGUGUGUAACUGGGGAGUCUUCCUUGCUGUAGAUGUGUUGCUGGGUGGAUUGUAUCUGUUUGGCUUGGUCAGUAAAAACGGCUUCACUGA